AUGGAGGAUCAGGGUAAGGCUAUCUUUACCGGCAUAAAAGGGAGAAAACCUCCUAAGGCUAAAUGUGGUUCUUGUGAAUUGAUUCUUAGACUUUUGGCCUUUGUUCUCACCCUUGCUGCUACUAUAAUUAUUGGGAUCGACAAGCAAACCAAAAUUGUUCCUAUCAAGAUUGUUGACUCUUUGCCUCCUUUCAAUGUUCCCGUUUCUGCUAAAUGGCAUUACCUCUCAGCUUUUGUGUAA